AUGGCUGCCGUCCAAGGAGCGAUCUCGAAGCGCCGCAAGUUCGUGGCUGACGGUGUUUUCUACGCUGAGUUGAACGAAUUCUUCCAGCGCGAAUUGGCUGAGGAGGGAUACUCUGGUGUUGAGGUCCGGGUUACUCCCACGGUUACUGAUAUCAUCAUCCGUGCCACCCACACCCAAGAAGUUCUGGGUGAACAGGGCCGCCGCAUCCGCGAACUCACGUCCCUCAUCCAGAAGCGCUUUAAGUUCCCCGAAAACUCCGUCUCGCUCUACGCCGCCAAAGUCCAGAACCGAGGUCUCUCUGCUGUUGCUCAGUGCGAGAGCUUACGAUACAAGCUUCUUAACGGCCUUGCUGUUCGAAGAGCAUGCUAUGGUGUUCUUAGAUUUAUCAUGGAGAGCGGUGCGAAGGGUUGCGAGGUUGUUGUGUCUGGAAAACUCAGAGCUGCCCGUGCCAAGAGCAUGAAGUUCACUUCAAAAUCAUGCGCGGCAGCGAUCCCUGAAGGGGAAGUCGGGUCCCCAGAAAUCCUUCCAGAUUCCGUCACCAUCAUCGAGCCCAAGGAGGAACAGCCUGUCUUACAACCGCUCAGCCAGGACUAUGGCGCCAAGGCUCUUGCGGCUCAGCAGUUGGCCGAGCAGCAGCGAUUGGCCCCACAACAAGAGGCGGAGGCUGCGGGCCAGGCUGCUGGUGGUACGGAAGGUGCAGUGGAGGGGGCUCAGGAGUGA